UCCUCACAUAGAGACUCAUUGAUGAGCUCGAGCUUCCAGUUCAUUCAUAAAAGCUGCAGAGGAAGGAAAGUUGUCAAGAGAAGGACAGGUGACUUCAAAUUGUAAAUUUUGGACUUGGUGUGAGGCUGACUGGACUUGAAACUACAUGGGAUGUCCCAGUUGCAUGCUGAACAGUAACCAGGUAUAGCUCAUGCAGUCAGCCCAACGUUCUAUUUGUCCUGCAUGUGUUUGAUGCAUCAACAGUCCGAGUAUGCUAAAGCGCACUAAAUACAGCCGUCUGCACAACGAUUCAAAAACUUCCUUGGACAACUGGUCUCUUUGCUCGGAUUCUGAUUUCCUCCACGAUACACCAUCCGUGUCAAGGGACUUCAUACCUGAUGAAGCCCUACACCAAAGUCCUCCGCUUGGACCACCCGGGGCCGGAAGUGUUGAUCGACAGGCUGAGGGGAGUGUGACCAAUCACCCAAAACGACCAAUCGCCUUCCAUUGCAUGUGUAGCUUUCCCGGGACGGCCAUCUCUCCUCCUUGCACUCGACACAAAUGCAAGCAGUGCUCUUCAGUGGUCCAUAGAGUGGUCCACCAUCACAUCAGGUAUAUGGGUAGCGUGGAGGUGACCCAAUCCAUGAGAACCCUCGACUUUGAUACAAGGAAGCAAGUAACACGAGAGGCAAUCAACAGACUUUGCAAGAGAAACACCACCAAGACCACAGUGAAAACAAAAAGUCCUGAACACAAGCAGCUGUUCUGUGUUCUGGGUCGCAGCAACCUGCAGUUUUUCGGCAGGCGAGUCAUCCUCAGCGUCUCCCCAGACACGCUCACUCUCAUCGCCGCGUCCUCACAGAGAAUCACCCAACACGCCAUCCAGGCGAUUUCGUUCGCCUCAGGAGGAGACUCGGACAUGGAAGACUACAUUGCAUAUGUAGCCAAAGAUCAAGUCAAUCAAAGAGCAUGUCACAUCCUGGAGUGUCCUCACGGCCGAGCAGCAGAGGUGAUCCGUAGCAUCGGUUGGGCCUUUGAAUCGAGGUUCAAACAGGUUCUUUGUCACACGCCGUUACUCGUCUCAGCUGAUCCCAGAUCAACGCAAAUAUUAUGCAACAAAUGGAAACCAAAGGAAACUUUAACAGACCCGAAAGAUGCCGAUGAUGAUAAUGUUGAUGUGACCAGUGAGCGUCAUGACUACUACAACGUGACUCCGGGGACGAUGUCACCCUUUGGUGGAGUAGAGAACUUGUGGGUCACAAAAGCAGAGAAGGAAAGGAUUGGGUCCUCUCCUUCUAUUUCACUCUAUGAGAAUUGUUCCAUAUCACAGGAUACGGAUGCGCCAACAACAGAGCCUUUGGAGUCUGAGAUGAGGAGUAAACAAUGUUCUCCUCCUUGUAAAAAUCACAUCCAGCACCUGAUCCAGGAGGAGGGUUGGUUUCAUGGCAGGUUAGGAAGAGAGCAGGCCGAGUCACUUCUCUCUUGUAAUGGAGACUUCCUUGUCCGAGAAAGCAGCUCGGCCUGCGGUCAGUAUGUACUUAGUGGGAUGGACGGAACCACGGUGCGACACCUGCUACUGGUUGAUCCACACGGCCAGGUUCGAACCUGUGACCAGGUCUUUCGUAAUGUGAGUCAUCUGGUCCAAUUCCACAUGCACAGCCAGAUACCUAUUGUGACGGGGAGCAACCAGCUUUGCCUCAAACAGCCAGUCCUGCAGAGACAUUAACAUGAACACAGAGGCACUCAUUACAUCUGUAACUUCUAUGGACAGCGGAUUGAACAUUUAUUCCAUAUCCUUCAUAUCCAGAGCAAGGUCCAUGAACUAGGACGCCAUUUGUCCUCAUGAGUAGGACAGUUUAGUGUACUAGUAUUUAGACACAGUUUUAAUCCCCAUUACAAUCCAAUUACAUCAUAAUUACUUCAAAUGUUAAUUGUAUUUGUAAAUUGAACGUUGCAUGUAAUUCUACAAAUGGCAAGUUUACUUUAUUCAUUUGUGUUCUACUCAUGGGCAAUUUGGAACUCCAUUGGGUACAAUGUGCCUUUCUCCGUCGAGUAUUUCUCACAUCCACUUUGUGCCUGUCUGACUUUCUAAGCACAUUCGCCAGUGAUUUGUUUUUCGUUUUUUUUCACUGGGUAUUCAAAAUGCAUGCUAGUUUGGUUUUUCAUUUCAUUACAAAAAGCAGUAUAGAAAAUGAAUGGAUGGAUGAAAUUAAGAAAGUAAAACGGAAUUUAAAUUUUUUGAAGGCAAGCCUGAUUGCCAUUAAAAACUAUAAGAUGGUGAUUUACUAUAAUUGAGUACAUAUCAAAGGAUAAGGAAGUUUGCAAAUCUUUAAAAACAUACUUUAUCUAGUUGAGCUCAUUUUUACACAGUUCUAUUUUUAAAAAGAACCUUUAAAAAUAGUAUAGCCUUCAUUCAGUAUUGUGAUUCUAAUCUUAUUAUCUUCACAAUUUCUGUAUUUGUAACACCCUUUGUCUUUUGUAUAACAUUCAUUUGAUGAUACUUUUUGUCUUAUAGAAAAGUCAUCAUUAUGUAGAAUAAAAUAAAUAA